GUGUCUGCAGCCACAACGGCGAGAUCUGGGCUCAUUACCGCGCGCGAUGCUGAGAGCUGUUACCAUGCCGCUGGGCCAGUACUGAAAGAACGAUUGUCUUUGGCUACUUGCGGGUCCACGUCCCCAUAAUGGUUGACUAACACAUUGAAACAUCCUGCAUUCGACGUUUCGUGUCCGAGAUAUUGGUAUGCAGGGAUGAGCCGGCAGCUCCAUCUGUGCCGCUUCAAUCCUGGGCUGGACCUGGAUCAUGUUACCUCGAAAUGAGUACCGCUUUAUAUAUGCGUGUUGGUACCUUUUUGUAUUCUCGUCUCAUCAUUCAUCUCACUACAGUCCUUCUUUUCAUCUCGUAGUACACAUUCCUUUCCGUACAGCUGGUCUCUGUUCGCAUUCACUUCAACAUGCUUUCCAAGGUCGCUCUUAUCAACGCGCUCAUCAGUGCUGUGUCUGCUGGCACAAUCCUUUGGGAUGGACGCUUCAACGACAUGACGUCUAGCGCAGACCUCGAGAAGUGGUCGUUCUCCAACCCUGUCGGCGCCUACCAGUACUACAUUCACGGCUCCGGCGCAGUCGCUGACUACGUCAACCUUGACUCGACCUACAAGAACCCCGCCGACACCGGCUCGAAGCAGGGUGUCAAGAUCACCAUCGACGAGACUGCCAAGUGGAACGGCCAGACCAUGCUGAGGACUGAGCUCAUUCCCCAGACCACCGCUGCCAUCAACAAGGGCAAGGUCUACUACCACUUCUCGGUCAAGACCACAGGCACCAACAAGCCUACCGCAACGAACGAGCACCAGAUCGCCUUCUUUGAGAGCCACUUUACCGAGCUGAAGUACGGUGCUUCGGGUAGCAGCAACACCAACCUGCAGUGGCACGUUGGUGGUGUCUCCAAGUGGGACGUCGAGCUCGUUGCAGACGAGUGGCACAACGUUGCCUACGAGAUCGACUUCGACACCGGUUCCGUCUCGUUCUACCACUCCACUGGCAGCGAUGCCCUGACCAAGACCGCUGGUCCCUUCGAUGCCAGCACCUCUUCCAACGGUGCUGACUGGCACUUGGGCGUCCUUCGUCUGCCCGGCUCCAACGACGCCGAUGGUGCUGAGGAUUGGUUCUUUAGCGGUGUCUACGUCGAGAGCGGCGACCUCACUACUAGCGUUAACUCUGCUGGUGGUGCGGCCUCUGACGACUCGUCUGCCCCUGCUUCGAGCGCUGCGCCAGCUUCAUCCAAGGCUGCGGUUGCCUCCUCGGCUACUGCUACAUCAGCAGCUGCUGAGACCCCUACUGCAUCUUCCUCUGCCGCCGCCACCUCUGCCGCCGCCACCUCUUCGGCCGCCCAGACCCCUGUCGCAUCCUCCGCCGCCCCCGCAGCAUCUUCAUCCGCUACCGCUGUUGAGACUCCUGUCGCUUCCACCACAGCUGUAGAAUCCGAGGCUCCCGUUGCAUCUUCCACUGCCGCUGCUGCUCCUUCUGCCUCAGCUGGGGCCGGAGCCAGCACCGAGCUUCCUAUCGAGUUCACACUCAAGGAGUUGAUCGCGUGGGUCAAGGCUAAGAACGGUGAGAACUAAGCACAGAGAGCUUUGAAGACUUGGAUAGCAUUCUUGUAUAUACUUUACACCAUCGACCUGUCGAUACACCGCUUCACCGUACAGCAAUUGAUUGUCAACCAUGACUCGCUCUACAUUGCAUGCUUACACAGCCACUGGCA